CAAUAUUAAGAACAUGCGUUUCGUUCCGUAACUUCAUACUUUCAUACUUUCAGAAACAAUUUUUUCGUUUUUCGAUUGUGUUUCGUUGUGAUAUUUUUUUCUAUUCAUCAAUUCAAAGACGAAAUAUUAAGAAAAUUACUUAAAUUUUCUUUGUUGUUUUUGAAUCUUAACACGAUCGAUACAUGACGUAUAAUUUUAUGGGAAUUUUUGAUAAGUUUAUUCGAGAAAAAACUCGUAACUGAUUCAUUUCACGUGAAUGAUUGAGAUCAUCAAAGUAUGUAAUGUGAUUUAAUAUAAGAUAUAAUUGCGAUAACGUUUAAUAAUCGAUCUAAGUUUGCGCAAAGAUAAGUCCGAGAAUCAACUUUAAUAAUAUUUUCGGUUUUUUAUUAACAUCAUAACGGAGAAUUAAUUAAUUAUUAAACUAAGUAGAGAAUUCAUUUUUUAAAUAGUUAAAUUAAUCAUUCUAACAUGAAAAAUUUAAAUUUAUAACUUAAAACUUAAUUCAAUUGUGUGUAUUUAAACUUGUUCUUUGUGCAUUGAAGUGUUGAAAAUAUUAGUUAAAGAAUAUAUAAAAAAGUUGAAAGAUAUUGAAGAAUAUGUAAAAUCUGACGAAUUUUAAACAUCGAUUGGAUUCUAAUGUGCAAUUAAUAAAAGAAACAGACAUUCAUUGUGAUGCGAUAAAAUCGUUAAAAUGCCAGUAACUGCAUUGUCGAGACGUCGUCUCAAUCCGGCAAUUCUUGCCAGAUACAAUAAUCAACAAGCCAAUUCUUCUCAACAGACAAAAAGAAAAAGGGAAAAAAUAUGACAUAACUCUGCAUUAUCAAUUUGCUUGAACGAUAAAAAGGACCAAAUUAAAUAUAUUGAGAAUUGUUUCUCAAUAAAGGGGAGAAAGAGAGAAUUGUGUCGAACAUAGAUCACGUGAGAACGUGGAAAUGUCGACCGAAAAUCAAAACGGUUCCGCUGGUACACAAAGCAAUGGAAUAAAAACCACAAUUGGUUGGUCGUCGUCCACAAGGACUGUCUCGAACAAUUCAUCGUUUUUACAUACUAGCAACUCGAUGUUGAACCGUGACAAGCCGCGUCAAGUGCCACCACCAACUUUACCGAAAUACACAUCGAGUUUUAAUGCCGGUUGGAAUGGCAGCGGCACAACCGAACGAUUAAGCAGAGAUCGCGAAGUCGGAGGUAGUUACAGGCUGGCAAGCCUUGACAGACUUGCCCUCAGGCAGAGGAUAUUGGACGGGGAAAAAACGAAUGGUGACACCACGUCGAUACAGGCGAAGCGUGAGUUAUUCUUCAAAGGCGAUAACGCCGGAAUAAUAUCGUCUCCAUCUGUGCCAUCGGUCCCGCCUCCACAACCUCCGUCGCAGGCUCCGACGUCGAUGAGCACAUCGUCGACGAGCACGUCGUCGACGACGACCACGACAACCACCACACUUGCUUCGCCUAACACAGCACCGCCAACCUCUUCGACCGUGUACACAAGCGUCACAUCUUCGGCGCCUACCUCGAAGCCACGAUUACCUCCGUCCACGGUGAUCCUAAAUCAAAACGAUGCAUCAGAGGACAGUAAUAAACGGGAGUCAAAUCGAAAUAGCGAGAACAAGGAGACUGCUGUCCUUCAUCAUCCGCGACCAACGCCGCCAACUAAGCCCAAAGAACUCGAUGGUUAUGUGGGAUUCGCGAAUCUGCCCAACCAAGUUUAUAGAAAAGCUGUUAAGAAAGGAUUCGAUUUUACUCUGAUGGUCGUCGGUGAAUCAGGACUAGGAAAAUCAACCUUGAUCAAUUCAAUGUUCCUCGCCGAUAUAUAUAGUGCCGAAUAUCCUGGCCCUAGCCUUAGAGUUAAAAAAACUGUAGCCGUAGAGACUAGUAAAGUAUUGUUAAAAGAGAAUGGUGUGAAUCUUACUCUGACUGUUGUUGAUACACCUGGAUUUGGUGAUGCAGUUGAUAACAGCAAUUGUUGGGUACCAGUAAUCGAAUAUAUUGAAUCCAAAUACGAGGAGUUCCUGAAUGCCGAGUCUCGUGUUGUGAGACGACAGAUUCCAGACAGUCGAGUACACUGUUGUCUCUACUUCGUCGCUCCUUCAGGGCAUGGCUUAAAGCCGUUGGAUGUAGAGUUCAUGCAACGUCUUCACGACAAAGUUAAUAUUAUACCUGUCAUCGCGAAGGCAGAUACCAUGACGCCAGACGAAUGUGCUCAUUUUAAGAAACAGAUUUUGAACGAAAUAGCACAACAUAAAAUAAAAAUCUACGAAUUCCCAGAAGUAGAAGAAGAAGAGGAAAGUAAAUUGCAUAAAGUUCUUAGAGAAAGAGUACCGUUUGCGGUAGUGGGUGCAAAUACCGUGGUUGAACAUGAUGGUAGGAAAGUUCGUGGAAGGAAAUAUCCUUGGGGAAUUGCAGAAGUGGAAAAUUUGGAGCAUUGUGACUUCAUAGCACUACGAAAUAUGGUUAUUAGAACACACUUACAAGAUCUAAAAGAUGUUACAAAUAACGUACAUUAUGAAAAUUUCCGAUGUCGCACGUUAGCAGGUGUUGGAGUAGAUGGGAAACCAACAAAAGUUUCAAAUAAGAAUCCACUAGCUCAAUUGGAAGAAGAAAAAAGAGAACAUGAUAAUAAAAUGAAAAAAAUGGAAAUUGAUAUGGAACAAGUAUUUGAAAUGAAAGUUAGAGAAAAGAAGCAAAAACUUAAAGAUUCAGAAGCAGAUUUACAAAGAAGGCACGAACAAAUGCGACGUUCUUUGGAGCAACAAGUACGUGAAUUAGAAGAAAAGAGACGAGCAUUUGAGGCUGAAAAAUUAGCAUGGGAACAACAGACUGGUCACAGUAUUGAAGAAUUGCGUAGGCGCAGCCUAGAAGCAAAUUCAAAAGAGACGGGAUCAGUGUCUUCCGAGGGAUCUGGCGGUGGCGGGGGUACGUUGAGGGGUUCCCGAGGGAUAGGAAGUCUCCUACGCCGUCACACCAGUUUCAAAUCACCUCAAGACAGCCCUACACAGAUACAGCUUGUCAUACAACAUCCCGAGCAUCCUUAGUAGAGCGUAGAAUCUGUCUACAUUUACUUACAAAAUGCAUCUACGUUGCUGUGUCCAAGGACUAAAAUCUUUAGAAAUAUUAACGUCGAUCUCAUUUUUUAUACAUUUGAUGCGUGUGUUUAUUUUAUUGAUGAUUUAUAUCGAUAUACGAUGUGUAUACACGUACUGAACAGAAUUUAAUUACUUAUACAUUAAAUGAAUAUUUGUGUAUUUUUUCUGUCUCCAAUUUUUUGAUUAUAUCAUAUUUGUUUUAUGAUUAAAACAAUAUGUUAGCAUUGAAAACUAUAUUACUUAAAACUAUUGCGAGAAAAAUAUUAGACAUAUUUCAAUUUUGGUAUAAUUAUUUUUAUUAUUUAUAUUUUUUUUCUAAAAUUUUCAAAAAUUUUCAAAAAUAUUCUUGAACACUAUAAUCAUAUAGUGAAUUCAUAGUAUGGUGAAAUAAUAAUCACCAUGAAUUCAAACUCAAACUGAAAUGAAAUAAUCAUUUACGAUUAUCACUGUUACAUAUGAACGCUUAUCUAAUUAUAAAAGAAUUGAAAUUGCACCACGCUAAAUAAGUUUAUAAUUAAUAAUGUUUAAUUAUAGAAAAAUAAGAAAAGAGGAAUAGACUUUAUGUUGCGAAAAAUGCUAAAAAUUAGAAUAAAAAAAUAGCAAAAAGAAGAUAUCCAUAUCGAAAAAUUUUUAUAAUAUUCUUACGUUAGCCCUACAGAUACAUUUAAAGGCUUAUAUUUUUGGCACAAAAUUUGAUAAAAUUUAUGCAAUUUAAGAGAUUUAUAUUCCUAUGGAUAUCGCUAUUUUAUUCACAGCAACAUGCGUUAUUAUACAUAACUUAUCUUAUAUGAAUUCAAAAUAACAUUCACACUUUGUAGAGUAUUAUGGAAAGCUAUUGUAAACUCUGAACAAGCUGUCUGCUCCUUUUUCUUUUUUUUUUCAUUUUUUUACUUUUUUUCAUUAAUACAUUCGCAUGUCUUUACAUUCCGUUUGCAUAAAAGUUGUAACAUUUCUUUCUAGAUGUGGUUCUUCAAAUCAUUUUAACUCGAAUAAGAGACAGCUUGAUAAAGGGUAAUAGUAUACAUGAUCAAUAAUAAUAAUUACUCACAAAUAAUUAUUAUACAUUGUUAAUUUCAUCAUUAAUUUUUUUUUGCAAAUAAACGUAAUGCUUUUCUAAGAUAUUUACUAACCAUUUUGGUCGCCCUUAUUUUAUUUAGCCUUAUUGCGAAUAAGCAAUGUAAAAGAAAUCAAUAAGCAAUAAAAAAGUAUCAUUUGCUUUUUUU